AGGCGAAGCGGAAUUUACAAGCUAAUAGAACUCAAAAGGCAAUCCAUAAUUACAAGGAUAACUAUCAGUUGAGAAAUAAAUGAGAUUUGAUGCACUCCCAUACAAGUUUCUGUCAUGGUAGCUGUUUAGCUUCGAGGUGGGCCUGCUUCUGUCGACCUGUCCCUCUUCUCCGCGCCUUUACCGUGGGAAUACCGUGGUUCAUUCUCUGUAUUUAUACACAUUCACACUCAUUCCAUCUAACCGUCAGUCACACACCAGCUGUAGCAACAAGGCAUAAAUCAGCCUAAAGCUUUGUAAUCCAUUACCUAAACUGCACGGGAAUGGAUUUUUCUGCGUUGGUGACAUCUGUGGGGACUUCGUUUCUGAUAUUCGUGGUGCUGCUGCUGCUCUAUGUAUGGCUGGCCUCCAAGCAGGGGAACCAGGUGGUGUAUUACCCGAACAGGCUGCUCAAGGGAAAGGGCAAGGAUGGUUAUGUCUCCAAGACUGUCAACCCCUUUACGUGGAUGGCGGAGGCUUGGCGAGCCUCUGAGGAUGAGAUUAUUGCCGCCGCUGGUCUCGAUGCGGCUGUUUACCUUACGUUUGUUGGUACUGCCCUUGCAAUCAUGGUAGUAUCUUCAGCAGUUUGUCUGCCAGUGCUUCUUCCCCUUAGCGCAACCGACCGCAAUAAUCAAAUCGAACGGCAGGAAGCUCUUGCAAAGAACAAAACAGCUUCCUCCUAUGAUGAUUUUGACAACCUUGCAAUGGGCAAUAUUCAGCAAAAAAGUAAUCGGCUAUGGGGUUUUGUAGUCGCGGCAUACUUCGUUUCCUUUGUGACUUACUUUAUCCUGUGGAAAACGUACAAGCGUGUUCUUAAUCUUAGAGCAAGGGAGCAAGCUUCCUUGGAGGCGAAACCUGAGCAAUUCGUAAUACUUGUGCAAGAUAUUCCUCUGGUACCACCGGGAAAGACACGCAAAGAACAAGUAGAUUCUUUCUUCAGAAGACUGCACCCAGACACGUUCGAUCGAUCUUUGAUUAUAUGUGACAUUUCUCAGGCUAAUAAGGUGUGGGUAGAGAUAGAAGGGUACAGAAAGAAACUUGCUCGUGCUGAAUUUGUAUCUGAAGAGUCCAAGACACGCCCAACACAUAAGACUGGGUUUUUAGGGCUGAUGGGUAAAAGCGUGGAUUCCAUUGAUUUCUACAAUGAGAAGAUAAAAGAUUUAAUGGUCAAGCUGAAUACAAAACAAAAGGUUGCAUUGACAGAGAAGCAGGCUGGUGCCGCUUUUAUAAUAUUCAAUAGUAGGCUUGCAGCAGCAUCUGCCGCACAGGUUGUACAUUCACAACUUACAGAUACGUGGACCGUAAUUCCUGCUCCCGAGCCUCGUCAAGUGUUGUGGAAGAAUCUGACUAUUCCAUUCUACCAGAGGAUGAUCAGGGCAAAUACAGUCUACAUUAUUGUGUUCCUAACUGUUAUUUUCUACAUGAUUCCAAUUACCUUUGUAUCUGCUUUUACCACUCUUGAUGAGCUGAGGAAACUUCUACCCUUUUUGAAAUGGGUUGUGGAUAAAAAAGCACUUAAAAGCAUCCUUGAAGCCUAUUUGCCUCAGCUUGCAUUGAUUCUCUUCUUGGCUUUUCUGCCGGUAAUUCUUAUGAUCCUCUCCAAGGCAGAAGGGAUUGCUUCGGAAAGCCAAGCCGUGAGAGCUGCAUCUGGAAAGUACUUUUAUUUUAUAGUGUUCAACGUUUUCCUGGGAGUUACACUUGGUGGAACCUUGUUUCAGUCACUGAAGCAGAUUCAGAAGGAACCCAGUAAAAUUGUUAACAUUCUAGGCACAUCUCUUCCUAAAACUGCUACCUUCUUCAUCAGUUUUGUUGCCCUUAAGAUUUUUGUAGGUUAUGGACUAGAAAUUUCUCGUUUAGUGCCUCUGGUGGUCUACCACAUCAAAAGGAGAUUCCUUUGCAAGACAGAAGCAGAGCUGCGGGAGGCAUGGGCUCCUGGUGGUUUUGGUUAUGCUACCAGAGUGCCUAAUGACAUGCUAGUUAUGACUAUUGCUCUAUGCUAUGCUGUCCUCGCUCCGAUGAUCAUUCCAUUUGCUAUUCUGUACUUUGCCGUGGGAUGGCUUGUGCUUCGGAAUCAGGCAUUGAAUGUGUAUGUGCCCUCUUAUGAAAGCUACGGCCGUAUGUGGCCUCACAUUCAGAUCAGGAUUAUUGCAGCUUUGAUUCUUUCACAGCUUACUAUGAUUGGCUAUUUCUCAGUUAAGGAAUUCGUGUACUCAUUUCUGCUUAUCCCCCUUCCGGUUGCAAGUCUAUUAUUUGCUUAUCUUUGCAAAAAGCGUUUUUACACUUCCUUCUGUGUAACUUCUUUGGAGGUGGCCUGCAAGGAUGUGAAGGAAGUUCCAAGUUUGUCCUCGAUUGCGGAGGCUUUUACCCCUCCUUGCCUGCAUCUAGAGGACAAGUUUGAUGAUCCUGAAGGAUUUGAGGAUGCUCGCUCAACUGUUUCCUCAAGGGCAUCAUCAAUGGUUACAUCCUAGGCGUGAGGCAUCAUUCAUGUCUCCAUUGUCUCCUUUAAUUCUUUUGUCCAGGAGAUGACAUGAGAAGAUGGAUGUUGCUUUGCUUUCCAUGCUUGUACUGUGUAGUGUGUGUACAUUAGAUGCUUUUGUAUAUUGUGGAGUGAAGAGCGUAUAUGCUAGAAGAAGAUGAGCAGUAUUUGAAAACAUUAAGAAAACCAGUGGCUGAACUUCUGUUGUAGCAUAGUUCAUCCAUUUUGUAUAUUUUUAGAAUUGUGAAGAAUGGAGCUGCUUGAAGACCAGUAUGGGAUAAUAUUGGAAGGACAACUGGUUGAACUUUUGUUGUAACAUAGUUUAUGACAAGUUAGAAUUUGUUUUAGAAUUAUCUUCUUCAUGUUAUUUCAAAGACUUGUCUCCUUUAUUUCGUUUAAUCCUAUGUUCAGAGAUCUGCUAUAAUGUAGAUUGGCUGUAAAACUCUUUUCCUGUGAUGGAUACAAAGUAUUUUAUGGUUUGCUUUUGCUAGAAGAGUGCAUAAUAAAGCUAUUUUAUGGUUUGCUUU